UAGCUACAUACACCUUCUUGCAAUCUCCAUUAACUUUGCUCGCAACGAAAGAUCACGGAUGAAAGAGCCACUAUUCUAGGCAUAAAUCCUUUCAAGAGUAUAUUCUUUACUAUCUUCUGCCGUCGUUACCGCCAUACAUUUGCAAAUGGCUUUCAUUCUCCGUCGAUCGAGCUUUCUUCUGGCCGACAUUGCAAGUAAAUCUUCUCCGAAGGUACUUGCAAGUGGAUGCCAGAAGCGCCACCUGAACGUACAAGAGCACGUAUCUUACUCCUUCCUAAAUGAAGCGGGAAUUCCAACGCCCAAGUUUGGAGUAGCAACGUCCGGGGCAGAAGCUAAAAAAAUUGCUACGGACCUUAAUACAAAGAACCUGGUCUUAAAAGCCCAAGUGCUAGCUGGCGGGCGCGGAAAAGGAAGCUUUAAGAAUGGGUUGAAGGGUGGUGUCCGGGUGGUGUUUUCACCCCAGGAGGCAGAAGAUAUUUCGGGCAAAAUGAUCAACCAGCUUCUCGUCACUAAACAAACGGGAGCAGCGGGACGUAUUUGCAAUUCUGUCAUGGUGGCGGAACGAAAGUUUCCUCGCCGAGAAUUCUACUUUGCCGUUAUGAUGGAGCGUGCUUUCAAUGGACCUGUUCUAAUCGCAUCGUCUCAAGGAGGUGUCAACAUUGAAGAAGUGGCUGCUGAAAACCCAGAUGCAAUUGUAUACGAACCUAUUGACAUUAACAAAGGUCUGCAGAAGGAGCAAGCAGUUCAGGUCGCCAAAAAGGUGGGACUCAAUGACAAAGUGGAGGAGACCGCUAAAAUGUUGCUCAAUAUGUACGAUUUGUUUGUCAAGAAGGAUGCAUUGCUGAUUGAGAUUAAUCCGUAUGCGGAAGAUGCCGCUGAAACGUAUUUUGCCCUUGAUGCCAAAAUGCGUUUUGACGACAAUGCUGAAUUCCGUCAGAAGGAUCUAUUUGCCAAGCGGGAUCUGUCACAGGAGGACAAAAAAGAGGUUGAAGCAUCCAAGUUCGACCUUAACUACAUCGCGCUCGAUGGUUCAAUUGGAUGUCUUGUGAACGGUGCCGGUCUCGCAAUGGCCACGAUGGAUAUCAUCAAGCUGCACGGUGGCGAUCCAGCCAACUUCCUGGACGUUGGCGGUGGCGCGAGUGUAAAGGCAGUAAAGGAAGCAUUCAAAAUCAUCACUUCUGACCCGAAGGUGCACGCGAUCUUAGUUAACAUUUUCGGCGGCAUCAUGCGCUGUGACGUCAUCGCGGAAGGUAUCAUCCAAGCUACGAAGGAGCUCAACAUCAAAAUGCCCAUCAUUGUGCGGCUGCAAGGCACUAACGUGAAUGAGGCAAAGGAACUCAUCAAGAAAUCGAAACUGCGCAUCCUUCCAAAGGACGAUCUGGAUGAAGCAGCUAUGCUGUCCGUCCACCUGGCCCAAAUUGUACAUCUGGCUCGCGAGGCUCAUCUCGACGUAAGUUUUGAGCUGCCCGAUAGCUAUGUUGUCUAAACUGUAAUGGACCAUACAAAGGAUGCCACAUUUUGUAUUGUGUCCCGCACUAAACCCACUGGAAAGUUGUGCGUCGUUAUGAUAUGAUAAUGAAAUACGUGUACCAUCUCUGCGACCAGUGUGGUGUAUUUAUUACUAUCCCCUAAAGCGCCUCCAUUAAUGACGAAACUUAUGAUCGAUAUAUGCACUCUAAACACAAAUCAAGCGCACUCGAUGUUGGACUGGAACCAUUCUAAUGCUAAGUGAUUGCAUAAUUGUGCAUAGCUGUUACCAUCAAUAAAAUUGACCGCACAGAUGAGCGCGCCACUA